CGACUGGUCUCUCUCUCCCUCUGUGAGUCUGGAAGCAGCACCGAGAGGAUCCCGCUCUCCCAUCUGCAGCACCCACCUGCACCCAACUCUCCAACAGCUGCAGCUCCAGGAACAGAGCUUUGCAGAAGUGGCUCCUGAUCGUGACCAUGUCUAUGACGGAAUUUACUCUUCUCCGGUGGCUCCGUGAGGGCAGACAAUCCCGUAAAUUAAUACUACUGAUUGUUUUUAUAGCCUUGUUAUUGGACAACAUGCUACUCACUGUAGUAGUUCCCAUAAUCCCCAGUUAUCUUUACUCAAUGACACAUGAAUCAAACAACACACACGAUGGAUCGAUUCCCCCCGCAGCUCCCAGUGGGUUUCACAGCAUCUUCUCCUACUAUGACAACACUACAGUGAUCACCACAAACUUCACGAGUAGCGACCAACUGCAACAGUCGGCUCUGACCCCAACGACGUCUCCGAGCCUCGCUACCCCCCCUGCGUCCGCCGAUUGCCCCAAGGCAGAUUCCAGUUUACUCAAUGAAAAUGUCAAAGUUGGUUUAUUGUUUGCGUCAAAGGCGACGGUGCAGCUGCUGACCAACCCAUUCAUAGGACCCAUGACUAACAGGAUUGGAUACCAGAUCCCGAUGUUUGCAGGAUUCUGCAUUAUGUUUGUCUCGACAAUCAUGUUUGCUUUCUCCGGGACUUACACUUUGCUGUUCAUAGCGAGAUCCCUGCAAGGAAUCGGCUCGUCCUGUUCAUCAGUGGCAGGUAUGGGCAUGCUGGCCAGCGUAUACACGGACGAUGAAGAGCGGGGUAAUGCCAUGGGCGUCGCUUUGGGAGGACUGGCUAUGGGCGUGCUAGUCGGCCCCCCGUUUGGAAGCAUUCUGUAUGAGUUUGUGGGGAAAACGGCUCCAUUCAUUGUUCUGGCUGUGCUGGUUUUAUUUGAUGGAGCUCUGCAGCUGUUUGUCCUGCAGCCUUCUCGGGUACAGCCAGAGAGUCAGACGGGAACCCCUCUCUUAACCUUAAUUAGGGACCCCUACAUCCUCAUUGCAGCAGGAUCCAUCUGUUUCGCAAACAUGGCCAUCGCCAUGCUAGAGCCGGCUCUACCCAUCUGGAUGAUGGAGACUAUGUGCUCCCGAAAAUGGCAGCUGGGUGUCGCUUUCCUCCCGGCCAGUAUCUCUUAUCUCCUCGGAACCAAUAUCUUUGGGCCCCUCGCUCACAAGAUGGGAAGGUGGCUUUGUGCGUUCAUUGGAAUGAUUAUGGUGGGAAUCAGCAUUAUAUGUGUUCCUUUUGCCAGAAAUAUCUACGGCUUAAUAGCACCAAACUUUGGAGUUGGAUUUGCCAUUGGUAUGGUGGACUCUUCUAUGAUGCCAAUCAUGGGUUAUUUGGUGGAUCUCCGGCACGUGUCGGUGUAUGGAAGUGUUUACGCUAUCGCUGACGUGGCCUUUUGUAUGGGCUUUGCAUUUGGUCCGUCAGCUGGAGGCGCCAUAGCGAAAUCCAUCGGCUUCCCCUGGUUAAUGACCAUUAUCGGAGUGGUGGAUAUUUUAUUUGCUCCUUUGUGCUUGUUCCUACGGAGCCCGCCAGCCAGAGAAGAAAAAAUGGCAAUCCUGAUGGAUCACAAAUGCCCUGUCAAAACCAAAAUGUACACUCAGAACAGUGGUCAGCCCUACUACACCGGAGAGGAGGAGGAGUCAGAAAGUGACGAAUAAUGGGUUCUGUGCCCUACAUCGCUGGUUGUACCAAUGCACAUUGUUUUUUUCCACCACGCAAAGACAGAACGUUACUUACCGAUCUCAUCCAUCUCACAAUGACAGUAAAUGAACCAAAGGAUUCUGUUCCCUCUCGCUUUACUGCAGCUUUUUAUGUUUGUGUGCCCAGUGGCAGAAUAAAAUAGACGAUGAUGAGAACAAGGGCAGAGAACUUGCUAAAAAUGGCCCUAAACCCCAACCUUCAAUUAUAAUUAUUACACACUGAAUGAUCUCAUGCGCUACAUCAUGGAGGUCCAAAUGGUGGUCCAGUAACCUACAUGCCAUGAGGGUUAUAGUCCAACAAAAACCAUAGAGCCACAGCUUACAUAGACUUCCUCUACAUAUACAAUAAAUAACAGUUUUAUUCCUGUUCCCAAUAGUGUAUUAAGAUUUUUGUAAGGGAAUGUGUAUUUCGGCAUCAGGAGCAGUACUGUAAUCAGUAUAGGAGCCUAUAGUAGAGUAUCAAACAGUUUGCUCAUAGCCUGUACAGAUCCCAUAACACCAUGCGACAAUAGCAACUUCAUGGCACUACAUUGAGCUGGGAAAGUAAAGGUGAUAGUAGCAUUUUAAAGGGAUACUGUCAUGGGAAUUUUUUUUUCAAAAUGAAUCAGUUAAUAAUGCUG